AUGGCUACAGAGACGGUUGUUCAUGAUCCGAAAAGACGAGCAAUGGAUGCGAUGAAACAAAGGCUUGCUGCAGAAGCUCAACGUCUUCAACAACAACAACAACAACAACAAAAGAAUGUGAAAGAGAAGAAGGAAGCUUCUCAUGUGGUUAUCUCUUCGAAAGAACAACAAAAAGCUGAGUCACUGCCUACUCCUUCAAAGAGAUCAAUUGCAAAAGAUCCGGAGGAUGAUAAUUUUCUUGCAUAUACAAAAUUGUCCCAUCCUGUUGAUGAGAAUUUACUGGCAACCACUGUUAAGCUUUCUAGUGGAAAGGGAAGUGUUGCAAACAAGGUUUUGCAUAGCCUCCUUCGAAACGGUGACUCUGCUCAGAAGUACUUGCAAGGUGCUAAAAGCAAGAACGUGGGAGAGAACACGUAUAUCCUCCUUGAUAACUUUGUGCAGUCACAUUCUUCAGCCUCUGGUUCUAAAAAGGCAUCGUCACAGAACAACUCAAAACGUUCCAAAAUCCGUAUGUCUAUGAAGCGACUCAAGAAAUCUGGUGCUUUGGAUUUUCCUCAACAUCUCCAAAAGUUUGAUCUAGUUAAGCCAAUGCAUGGUAUGUGGGAAAGUUACAUGAUGCAACUCAUCAAGGUGACCGGGAAGAUGCAAUUACCCCAAAAUCUUCUCUCAACAGAUCUUCACGGAGCUUACAUGUUUGUUGCUGAGUGCAAAAUAGCAUCAUUCACUGGUGUACAAGGCAUAAUGGUGCGCGAGACAUCCGAGACAUUUGGAAUAAUCACAAGAGACGAUAAGUUUAGAGUUGUACCCAAGAAGGGCUCUGUCUUCAUCGUCCAACUCGACUGCUGGAAAAUUACAUUACAUGGAGACAAGUUUACUUCAAGAGACACUAAUCUUCUGCGUUGA